AUGUUAGCGUUAGCCGAUUCAAAAACAUUUUAUACGACCAAUUUGGAAGUGUAUGUUGGCCGGCAACCUGAGGGACCUUUUGCAGUGAGUAAUUCGCCGAAAGAUGUUGUUCAAAGACUUUGUGAACCAAUAAGAGGAACAGGCAGAAAUGUUACAGUUGACAAUUGGUUUACCAAUUCUGAAAGCCGUGAGUUUGGGGACUAUCAGCUGGUACAGCAUGAGGUGCUCUUUUCCACAGACGAUCAGUAUGAGGUGCUUGAAUUUCUUGGCCGAGGUACCUUCGGCCAAGUGGUUAAGUGUCGGAAUAAACGCACCAAAGAACUUGUUGCCAUCAAGAUAUUGCAGAAAGACCCUUGGUGCGCCAGACAGGGUCAAAUCGAAGUCAACAUCCUGUUCCGACUGUGCCAAGAAAAUGCGGACGAAUUCAAUUUCCUCACGUUGUACGACAGUUUUCAACACAAAAAUCAUCUCUGCCUCGUGUUCGAGAUGCUUGAACAGAACCUUCACGACUUUGUCGAAGAUAACGACUUCAAUCCGAUGCCGCUUAAAUACAUCAGGCCGAUAAUACAACAGAUUCUGACUGCGUUGCUCAAACUCAAGGACUUAGGGCUGAUUCACACCGACGUGAAACCGGAGAAUAUAAUGUUCGUAGAUCCCGUUCGGCAACCGUACCGCAUCAAAAUUGUUGACUUCGGUAGCGCUUGUUACGCCAACAAAGCGGAAUGCGACACAUUUAUACAGUCUAUCUACUACAGGGCGCCUGAAAUCAUUCUGGGCCUGCCGUUUCGUGAAGCGAUCGACAUGUGGUCGCUCGGUUGUAUCGCUGCAGAACUAUUUUUGGGCUGUCCACUGUAUCCUGGAUCAUCUGAAUACGACCAGAUCCGUUACAUCAGUCACACCCAAGGUUUACCGACAGAGGACAUGCUAAAUCACGCUUAUAAAACAACGGCGUUCUUCUACCGAGACAGGAAUAACAUUCAUCCAUUCUGGAGGUUGAAAACUCCAGAAGAGCAUGAUGCCGAAUCAGAGAUAAAGUCGGAGGAAACUAGAAUGUACAUUUUCAGUUGCCUGGACGAUAUUGAACAGCUUAUUGUUCCUAGCGAUCCGGAAGGGGACCAGCUCUUGGCAGAAAAGGCCGACAGGAAAGAGUUUAUUGAUCUGCUGAAGAGGAUGCUGGCGAUGAACCAGGAGAGAAGGAUAACUCCGGGAGAGGCUCUCAACCAUCAGUUUGUCCGGCUGACACACCUGAUUGAGUACGGACACUGCAAUAAUGCCAAGGCUAGCGUACAAAUGAUGGAGGUGUGCCGCAGAAAUUCACACCAUCAACAGACCCAGAAAGCACCAUAUUUGGUCGCUACUUUGGUACCGAGCCGGAACAGUAAAGUGACGUCAGCAGUCAGCAAGCAACUGACGAACUAAGAACGAAGCCCUGUAUUAUGUUGUAUU